ACUGUUCUUAGAAGUUCACAAUAUUUUGUAUAUCUGAAAAUUCAAAGCCAAGUAAGAACAAACUGCCGGGCUCAUAAUGGCAGGCAAUUUUUGGCAGAGCUCGCACUCGCAGCAAUGGAUACUGGAUAAGCAGGAUUUGCUACGUGAACGCCAAAACGAUUUGCUGGUUCUCACCGAGGAUGAAUAUCAAAAGAUAUUUAUAUUUUUUGCAAAUGUCAUUCAAGUGCUCGGGGAGCAAUUGAAGCUGCGGCAACAGGUUAUUGCCACGGCAACCGUGUAUUUUAAGCGUUUCUAUGCACGCAACUCAUUGAAAAACAUCGAUCCUCUGCUCCUGGCACCCACCUGCAUCCUGCUGGCCUCCAAAGUGGAAGAGUUUGGUGUCAUAUCAAAUUCACGUCUUAUCUCGAUUUGCCAGACGGCCAUCAAGUCAAAGUUUAGCUAUGCGUACACCCAGGAAUUUCCGUAUCGCACCAAUCACAUACUCGAAUGCGAGUUUUAUUUACUGGAGAAUCUCGACUGUUGCCUAAUUGUAUUCCAGCCGUAUCGGCCGUUGCUGCAACUUGUCCAGGAUAUGGGACAGGAGGACCAGCUAUUGACACUUUCUUGGCGCAUAGUCAAUGACUCUUUGCGUACGGAUGUCUGCUUGCUCUACCCACCAUAUCAGAUUGCCAUUGCCUGUUUGCAAAUCGCAUGCGUCAUAUUGCAGAAGGACUCUACCAAGCAAUGGUUCGCCGAGCUGAACGUCGACUUGGACAAGGUGCAGGAGAUUGUGCGCGCAAUUGUCAAUCUUUACGAGCUGUGGAAGGACUGGAAAGAGAAGGACGAGAUCCAAAUACUGCUCUCCAAGAUACCCAAGCCCAAGCCACCGCCCCAACGAUAAAAUACGCAUUCAAUAUUUAUAUUAAAAUAAUUUUAUAUUAGUUUAUACAUUGCUCAAAGAUACUUUGCUUGACCGCUGGAAAACUUUGUGUU